AUUUAUACAACAUCACUUACGUCACUGUUCACACGCUUACGUCACUGUAGACUCACGCGAAACCCAAGAUCCACGCUGAAUCAAGUCCACACAGUAAAAAAUAAAAAAUUAUCAUUCGACACAGAAGAUACCCAGAGAGAGAUAAGAAAGAGAUACUUUGGUCAUUUCAGGGUUAUCGUUUCUCUCUCUUGUUCUUGAGGUUUUGAAGAGAAAGAGAGAUGGGAAGGGGUAGGGUUCAGCUGAAGAGGAUAGAGAAUAAGAUCAAUAGGCAAGUUACUUUCUCAAAGAGAAGGUCUGGUUUGCUCAAGAAAGCUCAUGAGAUCUCUGUUCUCUGCGAUGCUGAGGUUGCUCUCAUCGUCUUCUCUUCCAAAGGCAAACUCUUCGAAUAUUCCACAGACUCUUGCAUGGAAAGGAUACUUGAACGCUAUGAUCGCUAUUUGUACUCAGAUAAACAACUUGUUGGCCGAGACAUUUCACAGAGUGAAAAUUGGGUUCUAGAACAUGCUAAGCUCAAGGCAAGAGUUGAGGUACUUGAGAAGAACAAAAGGAAUUUUAUGGGGGAAGAUCUUGAUUCAUUGAGUUUAAAGGAGCUUCAAAGCUUGGAGCAUCAGCUCGAUGCUGCUAUUAAGAGCAUUAGGUCAAGAAAGAACCAAGCUAUGUUCGAAUCCAUAUCAGCGCUCCAGAAGAGGGAUAAGGCCUUGCAAGAUCACAAUAAUACGCUUCUCAAAAAGAUUAAGGAGAGGGAGAAGAAAACGGGUCAUCAAGAAGGCCAAUUAAACCAUUGCUCCAACAAUUCUUCAAUUGUUCAGCCCCAGUACUGUUUAACCUCCUCCAGAGAUGGCUUUGUGGGGAGAGUUGGGGCAGAGAAUGGUGGUGCAUCGUCAUUGACGCAACCAAACUCUCUUCUUCCGGCUUGGAUGUUACCUACGACGAAUGAAUAGAAUUAUCUAUAUAUGAUAAAAUAAUUAAUGCUUGAUAUUUUCAUAAUAUAUCUCAGCAUUUUUAUGAUCAUUAAUUAUUAAUACUGAUAUAUGUUUUAGCUACUCUUUAAAAAAUUUAUAUAUAUGCAAUGAUGGACUUACAGUGUCAAGACAUAUGUACGAUGUCACUAGAUUCGAUGCGUCUUAAGAACGAAGAUUGAUAUAUAUCUUUGUGAUGAUCUUUGAUGAA